AGUUUCCUCACCUAUCCGAGCGCGAGAGCACCACCGACCGCGUUCUCUCUGUUUCCAGGAGUAUUACUGCCUCUUUCCCCGCACGCAACCGGCUCGUUACUGCACUGAACAUCCUCUGGCAGAAUUUGUGCGGGUCUUAUUAAAGAGUAUUGAAAACGACGAGGCUCAGAACGAGGCUGAAGCAUCUUUAAGAGCGCGCGCAUCUCUCUGAGCGCGCGAGCAACAUAUGUGCUGCCUCUGAAGACGCGCUACAGCACCACAGUGUGUCUGAUAAACGACCGAAUAUACGUUUCAAAACGAAAACUUUCAAGGAAUAUUCUCGAGCAUUUGAAGCGGAUUUCCUCUCAGCCACACCGAGUAAAACUAAUAGUUUUGGAGAUAUUUUAAAGACGGAAUACGAAGUGAACGCUGCGUUCCGAGGGGAAUCACAUACACGCUCCUUCAGUAAAACGGUUGAUCUUUGCGGACGGAAGUUUCUGAGUUUCCUCACGGAACAAAAUGGGCAUAACUGGUUAUUUUGAGCUGCAGUGGAAAUGCCUGGUUGUUGUGGCUCUAAGACUGCUGUUCCUUGUGCCCGCAGGAGUGCCAGCGAGAAGCGGAGACUCUUAUUUAAAGGACAACAUCACUGUCAGACAGGGAGACAGUGCUGUCUUGAAGUGCAGUGUGGACAACAAAGUAUCACGGGUGGCAUGGCUCAACCGGACCACCAUCCUCUUCACGGGCAAUGAGAAAUGGUCAUUGGACCCCCGGGUGGUUCUGCUAAACACAGCAGUCAAUGAAUACAGUAUAAAGAUCCUAAAUGUGAACUUGUACGACGAGGGCCCGUAUGUGUGUUCCAUCCUCACGAACAAGAAACCAGAGUCGACCAAAGUGCACCUCAUCGUACAAGUUCCUGCCAGGAUUGUAAACGUUUCCACCGAUGUUUCAGUGAACGAGGGCAGUAACGUAAGCCUCAUGUGUCUGGCCAUCGGAAGACCCGAACCCUCCAUUUUGUGGAAAUUUCGUUCUUCAAAAGGGAACCGUAUCGUGACGGAGGGCGAAUAUGUGGAAAUGACAGGAAUCACUAAAGACAUGUCAGGCUCAUAUGACUGCAUCACUUCCAAUGACAUCUCACCUCCAGAUGUCAGGACUGUCCAGGUCACUGUAAACUAUCCGCCUGUCAUUUCGAGAGCUCGCAGCACAGGAACGGCCGUCGGACAGAAAGGAGUGCUGUGGUGCGAGGCGUCUGCCGUUCCUCUUGCUGAUUUUCAGUGGUUUAAAGGGGAGCGCAGAAUCCUCAACGGAUUCAACGGGGUCAAGAUCGAAAACAAGGGGAAACAGUCCAUGCUAACGUUCUUCAACGUCUCUGAGGAGGAUUACGGCAACUACACCUGCGUGGCCAUCAACACACUGGGAAUAACAAAUGCCAGCAUCAUUCUCUACGGCCCCGGAGCGAUACACGAUGUGAACAACGCAGCCUUAUCGCCAACCUGCUCGCUCUUGCUUCUAACUCUGCUUUUAACCCUGUCGCUCCUCAGCAAGUUUUGAUGCUAAAGCAGCGUUUCCGCUCGUCCGAAAAACACACACACAAGACUCACAGUCCCACACACCGAGAACAGGGGAAAGUACUUGAUCAGCUAUUAUUAUUACCGCUUAUCAUUUUGCCUUAUGUUUUAUUUCUGAAGGCACGUGUCAGUGUGGGUUUCUGGGUCUGUAAUGAGAUGCUUUGGGGUUUAACCGUGUUUUGAAACAGUGAACUGGACUGUGAAUGGAGUGGAGUUUGUUAGCUGGGUAGAAAUAAUAAUAAUAAUAAUAAUAAUAAUAGAACCACUAUAUGUGUCUCUCCAACCUUUUGUAUGUGAAAAGAGAAGCAAAAAUUCAUGUAAUCGUGAAUAACUGGAUGGUUUUUUUGCUCAGUAUUGAACAGUGUGAAUUGAGGUUACUGGUGUGUCCUGUUUUCCUGUAAGAUAACAUGUUUCUUUUUUUCUUUCUUUUUUUAAAGAAUAAAUGAAAAUGACAAACAGCAAAAAAGAAACAAACAAAAAACCUUUGAAGAAAAAAAAAAAA